GGCUGUAGCAUAACAAAAUGUGGAAAAAGCCAAGGGGUCUGAAUACUUCCCGAAUGCACUGUAGUCCAAGUCAACACAAACCCUUGAUCAAGGGAAAAAACAAGCAUUCGAAGCCUAGUUCAGAUUUAACAAUGGCCAAAGGUGAGAUUUGUGCACAGGUGUGUCGCGGUAUCAAUGUAUUUCCUGUUGCACGUAAUGUGUAACCACCUCGAUGUGUACUGUAAAUGUACUUUAUCACAAUGGCGGCCCAAGAGGAACUAUUUCAAAUGAAAAUCAUUACAGAGCUGUCCAAUCAAGCUGUCCAUGAGUAUGAGGGUCUUCAGAGGGAGCAUGAGAGAGCCACCAUGGAGUGUCAACGGAUGGAGGCAGAAAGAGACGAGGCAAUCAAAAGGCUUGAAGAGUUUCAAAAAGUGUCCCACAUGGUCAUUGAAGAGGUCAACAGCAUUCAGGAUAACCUGGACAUAGAGAGGACAUGCAGACAGAGUGUGGAAGCCCUGGCCUCCAAGUUGAACCGGCAGAACUGCUCCUUGAAAAGGAAGAGUAUGUUGUACCUGGCCCACCGGGCCGAGACCAUUGCUGAGAUCGGCCUGGAGGAUGAAGAAGAGGAGGAGGAGAGUGUGGACACCCAGGUAGAAAAAGAGUGCUUCUCAGCCCACUGCCGGAGCACCAUCACAGAACUGAAGAAAAAAUUUGAGUUGACACUGGAGGAGAAAAAGCAAGCCACCAUUGAUCAUGAGGCUACAAGAGAGGAGCUAAGUGACAUCAGAGAAGAAUUGCUGAAGGAAAAACAUGAUAAUAUGGUUUUGAUUGCUGAGACAGUCCGACAAAAGAAGCUCUUGGCGAAAUAUAACAGAGUGUCGCUGUUUGCCGUGGAGGAGUAUGAGGCCCUGCAGGAAAACCUGGAUCUGGAGAAGGAGCUGAGGGCAGAGGCAGAGAUAUUUGCACGAGAGAUGCUGGUUGAGCAGAAGAAGCUGAACAGACAGAGUCAGAUUCUCCUAAAGAGCUCAUCACCCAGUGAGGCCCUGCAGGCAGCCCUCACUGAUGUCACCAGGCUCACCCAGGCCCUGGAGAGCCAGAGGCUGGUGCACCAACAACAGAUGAAGGGGAUUGAGGAGCAGCUCAGGGGUUCAGAGCUACAUAAGGAGGUGCUGGCGUUACAACGUAAGCUAGAGCUCCUGGCAGAGGAGAAGAGGGAGCACGAAGAGAGAUGUUCCAUGGCUAAGGUGGAGGCCAAGGAUCUCAAGUUUACUGUAGAGGAGCUGCAGAAGAAGCUCCAGGCCCUUUCUAACCCUCCGCCUGCUCAAGCCCCUCCACCUCCGCCCCCGCCACCCCCUCCUCCACCACCAGCCCCACUCACCAACCCUCUCGGUUCACUACUAUUGAUGAUUCGCAAAAAGAAAAAUAUCAGUAGGGAUAUUCCAUUAGUGGUUCAAGACUCAGCAAAGGAGCCAGAGAUGGACAUCAGGCAACAAGCUGUGGAUGAGAUGAUGCAGAGAAUCAAAAGGGGGGUUCACCUCCGACCCGUGGGCCAGGCCCCCAACAAAACCAAGCCCGUCCAGCGAGAAAGGGUACCCUCUAAUUCUGCCAUUCAGGAACUUAAAGGAAUUCUGGAUACGUUCAAAAGGCCCUCCCCCCACCUUAAAGUUGCAUCUCCAUCAACAAACACUGAGUCUGAGCUGGAGAGAGUUCUACAGAGACGACGGGGCGCAUUCAAGACCUCACAGGAAAGUUCCCACCCAUGUUUUGUAGUAAGGACACCACUUUCUGGAGAUCCUACCAUCAGACAAAUAGGUUCGCCGUCCUCACCCCGUCCCUUCCCCAGCAGUGUUCUGGAUGUCACCAGAGUGAGAGGGGACCAGCCCCAGACCAAGCAGACCUCCCAGGACUCUGUCCCGCUCUAGGCCCACUCAGCUGACCUGAGUCCUGGCCACUAGCACCCCAGGGCCCUGGACAAGAGACCUGCACCUGUCAAUGCUGCAGUCAGCUCUCUGGUGAAGGAAAGAAGACCUCAGAGUACAAAGCAUGUCUGGUGUCCCCACUGCACUACACAGGGUUGGGGAGUAAUGAACGACAUUUGGUCCAACUAGUAAUUGAAUUACAUUUUGCAGUAGGUUGGUGGUAGUUGAACUAAAUUCAAAUCUAAGUAGGGUUUUCAGUAGUUAAUCAUUUUUGCCAUGUAGCCAACUCCUGGAACUACACACUACUUUUUUUUUUCAAAAUGAAAAGAUAAAAUGGGUGAAGUUUUUUUCGGCAUCAGACCUGCCUAAUUCUCACUUGAAACAGUUGUGUUUAAUAGGCUAAAUUACACAUUCAGAUACAUAUGAUAAUUUUUCACAAAGUAGUUUGGAUGUAGUGAACUACUUUUUCAAAGUAACUUUUUUCUUAAGGCGAGCUUUAGUUUAGCUUAAAUUCUUUCAGUGUGAAGUAAUUGGUAAACUAUCUUUUCAGAGUAGCUACCCCAACACUGGCAUUAUACCAAAAAUGGAAAUGUCAUAAACCACAUAAAAAUAAUGGACAGGUUUAUUCAAAAUAAUAUUGACCACUGUGUCUUACAUAAUCUUUUUGUAUGUGUGUGUAUUUUUUAUUCUUUGGAAUUUGCAAAUGUGUAAAUAUAAUUUGUUUAUUCCAGAGUAUGUGAUACCAAAUUGUGAUUCCUUUAUGUGGUCAUUUUGAUCAAUUCAGUUUUGUUUCCAAGGAAAAACACAGAUCAACGCUGCAUUUAGUUAGCGGGAAACCUUUUUGCACUAAGUGACGACUGAAAAUUCAUUCAUUUUAAUAUGGGAAGAAAUGUAAUGGUGUAUCAUUUAAAUAGAUUGUAUGAGCUAUUCAUUUUAAGACUAGUAAUUACAUUAGAUUGAUGUAAACAUAAAUAGAAAAUGUCAUUUUGGAAUAAAAACACUAUGGUAUUCAUUUAA